AUGCGCGGUAUUGACUACACCGAGGCGGAUUCCUGCACAUUGAUGAGACAAACGAAUAACUGGCUGCUAAAACUGCAUCCCGAUUGCUCCACCGAGGUGGUGGACUUUGAUUUGAUGGCGGUAUUUAUUAUGCAGGAGACAAACAAUAAUAUACAUAUCACCCGUUUGAUCAAGGCGGUAAUUGAAACUUUCUCUGAUCCUGGUCAACCUCGUACUACUCGUCAGAACCAGCUCCUACAUGCCUCCCUUCUUGUCCAACAAACGAUCAAGAACUAUGAGAAAGAUUCCCAGGUGCAAUCCGGUUUGAGAAUGCCUUUCUGUCUUCGUUAUCCCAACCUUGUCUCUGUUCGAAAUCACGCACGGAGUUUGGAAAUGCAGUGUAGAAUAUUAGAUCCCAAGAAGAUGGUGGUUCUUCUUGACGAGAAUGGGAUAUGUGUCGGUGUUGGUCUGCCACCUUAUCCGACCCCAGCCCAAGGUUCAGUGCAUGUUGCCCAUGAUACCCGCGCAUUGAACUCUCUUAAGGAAAUGGUGGCAAAGAAGAAAAAAUCUGUUGGCGUCCUCGACAAGAAAAUUCAGUUCACUGCAGAUUCAAUCAAGAUCGAUGAACUUCAAGGACACGGAUCUAGUUGGAAAGACAACCAACAAAUUCCGGCACUGCCCAAUCCCCUGCGUGAAUGCCCCAACACCGAUGAUACUGAAGCUAUCACGAAGUUGCAAAACGAAACAACCUUUUAUUCAAAACUCAACUACGCGAUCAAUUGCGCAUUUCUACCCAAAUCGACCUCUGUAGCCAUGAAAGCCAUUGAAUAUCUGAAUGAACAUGGGAGCGAUUCAGUAAAAGAAAAAUUACAGCUUGAAAAGAAUAUGAUUGUUGCCUCUCGGACAGCAAGUGUCAAUACGCAAAUCCACACGCACCGGGACAAGAAAAAUGCGCUCCUCUUUGAUUCUGUUUUCUUUUUUGGAAAUCAUUAUGGAGGCGAAUUCCUUUUGCCUUCGCUAGGAGUUGCAUAUACUGGUCUACAUGGGUAUUCCUUUCAUGGACCUUUCCGCAUUCUCUACCACGGGGUUGCUAAGUUUUACUUCAAAGAAGAUUUAAAGGAACCACCACAGCGAUUUUCACUUGCGAUGUGGAGCCGUGAAAGUUCAUUUACUGCAGUUGCUAGGCACGCAGCCUAUUUUUUGAAGAAAAACAAGAUUUACAGCAAUCCAAAUUAUUGGCUACCACUUUAUCCAAAAUACCAAUCCAGUUUGGUCCAGACACAUUUUGAAGACUUCAAGAAAAGUUCGAGAAUGAGAACAAAAGCUAAAAACCGAUCAUAA